AUGACGAGUGAGUUUAUAGAGUCUACUCCAGAUGUAGAUACUGCCUUGGAUCCAAUUAUCAAGGAGACCAAACCACCAUUAGAUUCCAGGAUUGGCAAAGACGCUCCAUUCGUGUUUGGUCAAAGAUUCCUCCAAAAUGAAAACGACGUAUUCAAUCACAAUGCCUGGGAUAAUGUCGAGUGGGGGGAAGAGCAGAUCAACCAGGCAAAGGAGAUGAUAGCUAAACAGUAUGAGGAACCUGUACGUGACUAUGAGAAAUCGCUUUUCAAUGCCAACCCAGCCAAGUAUUGGGACAUUUUCUACAAGCAGAACAAGGAGAAUUUCUUUAAAGAUCGGAAUUGGUUAAAGAUUGAAUUCCCUUUGCUCUUUGAAGUCACUACAAAGGAGUACCAAGAACCAACCACGAUAUUGGAGAUUGGAUGUGGUGCUGGCAACACCUUUUUCCCCAUCUUGAGCCAAAAUGAAAACGAGAAUUUGAAAAUCUUUGCUUGCGACUACUCGAAAGUUGCAGUUGACCUUGUCAAGAGCAACGAAAUUUUUGAGCUACAGCAUGACAAAGGUGUGGCUUAUAGCUCGGUUUGGGAUUUGGCAAAUGAACAAGGGGAACUCCCCGAGGAUUUGGAACCCAAUUCAGUGGAUUUCGUGAUUAUGAUCUUUGUCUUUUCCGCAUUGCACCCUAAUCAAUGGAAUCAGGCCGUGAGUAACUUGUCCAAGGUCCUCAAACCAGGCGGACAGAUCCUUUUCAGAGAUUAUGGAAGAUACGAUCUUGCACAAGUGCGGUUCAAAAAGGGAAGAUUGUUGCAAGACAAUUUCUACAUUAGGGGAGAUGGCACCAGAGUUUACUUUUUCACUGAAGAAGAGUUGGAAACGAUUUUUUGCAAGGAUGGGGGACCGUUCAACAAGAUUAAGAUAGCCACAGAUAGAAGAUUGCUUGUCAACAGGAAGAAGCAGUUGAAAAUGUACAGAAACUGGCUACAAGGUGUCUUUAAAGCAUGA